UUUAAGCAAAACAAUGGCAGCGCAGCACGGAGGGAAAUAAACACGGUCCUUUAAAACCGGACAAGUUAAACAAGCGGGAAAGGGGAACUGGUAAGUUGUCACUGGUUGAAUAUUUUUGUAACAUUUUCACUCAGUUUUGUAAGUUUUUCUGGAACCACCGCCCGCAAGGAGAACGUUCCUCCGCUGUUUUACGGCCGAGAUGCGUCAAAGAUGAACUCGUUUGUAUCCGAACGGGAAGAAGGAUAGGCUACGACGCCGAAUAGAAAGAGCAGAAUAUUCAAAGGAGGGCCAGGUAACACAACAUGACCGACUCCGGAGAUUCAGCAAGUGUUCCGGGCUCCUCCGGCCUCGGCAGCGGGUCCGGGCUGAGUUUCUCCGCGGGCCGAGGGCUCCCAGUCCGGGUGAGGAGUCUCUCUUCUCCCGCUCCACCUGCAAGACUGACGUCGCUCAGAACCAGGGACCUAACACUGGGGGGAGUCUUCAAAAAAACGAAGAAAACCUUUGAGCCGAAUGUCCACGCUGUGAGGAAAAGCAAAGAUGAGUUAAAGGAAGAAUUCCAUGUAGCUCCAAAAAAGGAGAGAAGACAGAGGGAUGAGAGGAGGAGAGAGAACAGAGGGAGGAGGCGAGAGAGGCCUCAGACUAUCCAGUCUCACUCCAUCUUUGAGCAGGGCCCUGCUGACACCGUACGCAAAACAGGCUGGCGUGGUGCUACAGACCUGCAGGACUCCACCACCUCUCCUGUGUGUAAACUUGUGAAGAAAGAGAGGAAGGACACGGAGGAGGAUGAAGAUGAGAUACUCAAUAAACUACAGAGGGAUGAUUUCAUAGAUGACCCAGGUCUGAGGAACGAUGCCAAGCUGAAACCCAUCCAGCUGCCUCUGUGUCAAACACUGACAGCCAACACAACAUGUCCAGAGAACCCCCGUCUGUUCAGACCUCCGUCCUGCAGAGCCCAGGGUAGAGCAGGCCACAGCGGAACAGAGCCACCUAAACCUGAGCCUCCGUCCCUGGUAGAGCUGCUGCAGGAUCUCAGCCUGUCUGGCAGAGAGGAGCUCUUCUUCAUGCAGCUGCCUGACAGCAUGCCGGGCAGAGCGUCUGGACAGAAGGUUGACCCCUCUCUGGGAUCUACAGCAGAGAGAGCUGCCAAGAAGGAAGGCAAGUCUGAAGACCAGAGGCCAGCAUAUCUGCAAGCACAGGGGGCUGCGGCGAUGGAAGGCUGCCCUGUGCUCUCACAACUCCCUGAGGGGUUUCUGGGUAAACUGCAAAUAAGGAAGUCAGGAAAGGUGGAGCUGAAGCUGGGUCACAUCGUCAUGGACGUCUCCGAGGGAGCGGCAUUCUCCUUCCUGCAGCAACUGGUGUCCGUGCGUCUGUCCGACGGUCGGACCGGAGACAUGAUGGUGUUAGGAAACGUCCACCACAAACUGGUCUUGUCUCCCGACUUCCAGGCUUUACUGAGACAAGCUGCAACGCAGCAGCAGCAGCAGCAGCAAGGACCCUGAUCACCUCUCAUCUGCUGCACAGAAGCCCAGCAGAGCAGACAGUCACAAACUCUUUGCAGGAUUCCAGAUCACUGUGGCAGCUAGUCGAAUGUGUAUUGGACUACCUGUCCUUUUUUUGGCAGCUAUGUACGUUACCCUCAGUAACCUGUUUUAUCGUGAUUAUGCUUGGAUUUCUCUGAUGACCGAACAUCAGCAAGAGACACCUCCAGCUCCACAGUCAGUUAGUGGACGCCCUGGGACGGGUCAAGGAGGACAUUCACACCGACAUGAGACACACCUCUUAGAGCAGAGGUAGAGGUUGUUAUCAUGAGGCCGAACUUCCCGACUUCAGUCCAACAAAUCCACUGAGCUGUAUUUUUGACUUACAGACGCUUUGAUAACUCAGUUGUCAGUCUCAGUCUGACAAUGAGCUAACCCUGCUCCUUUAUUAUUUCCCAGAGGCCCGCCUCUCACCAUGUGUGUAAUGUUUUCUGUUCAAUAGACAAAAAGCUGCACAGUAAAUGUAGAUUCCUGGACUGCUCAACCAGUAGGUGCACCGAUGUCACUAUUAUGACUUUGGCUCUACCAAGUACCAGGAAUAUUUCAGAACGUGGUAGAAAAGCUUUUUCCUAUUUCAGUCAUGGAAGAACCUUCAGAACACAAAGCAAAGCUCUGAUAAAAAAACAAAGAAAAGAAAAACUGUAAUAAAGAGUGCAAUUUCUAUUCCUUAGCUGUAUUUUGUAUAAUGUGUCUGUUGUCCCAUGUCUGUUUUUGACAUGCUUUGUUUUAUAUUUUUGUAACCUUGUAAUGGUGUGCUAUCUUGGCCUGUUAAUCAUAGAAAACAAGAUUGUUAUAUCCAGGGUUUUUCCGGUUUAAUAAACAACAACUGAUG